UGUAUAGACAUACAAAAGGAAACAUAUCCGAACAUAACAUCACAAAUAUAAGCAAAAGUCAAAACUUAAACAACUACGUACGAUCUUUAAGAAUUUCAAUUCAAUUUAUAUAGUCUGAGAUAAUGUUAUUACAAUGGAACCUCUUAUGCAAUCUUGGAAGCAUCAGACCUAAAAACUCAUGAAUCUUUCAAAUACAAACAUCUGGCUUCUCCUCAUCUAGCUAGGUAGUCACAUAGCAUAAACGAGAUGGUGGCUGCGGAAGAUGUAACCAUAAUCACAUCACUCCAUAUCAGUCGGACAGGUCGACAAGAUAGCUAUUGCUGGGAUUUUACAAAAUCAGGAUUAUACACAGUUAAGUCGGGCUACAAGGUCGCUCAUGAUCUACACUCUGCGAUAUUCCCCUCCACUGUAGCAGAACCAAGUACAACAGGCCUUAAGAAAGCAAUUUGGAAGAUCAAAGCAUUAAGAAAACUCAAACACUUCCUAUAGCAAGCAACAUCAGGAUAUCUAGAAACGGCGAAGCAACUAAAAGAUCGGCAUUAUGCGAGGGAAAGUACUUGUGUUCGAUGUGGUACAGACUAAGAAUCCAUCAACCACAUGCUUUGAAGAUAAGAGAAGAUGAGUAUGUCUUGUUUGCAAUCAAAAUCUCGUUCUUAUGAUUAAAUUAAAACUGAUUCGGAUUCAAAUCACAGAGGAUAAUAGAGAGUCACCUCAUCCUCACUGCUCACGCAUUCGCUUUCACUAUAUGACAUAUCCUACUUGAUUGGAAUUUCAAUGAUUAAUUCCGUGACACAAGCACAACACAAGAGUUUGGUCGGAACAAGAAUGAUUUGUAAUGAGUUGACCAAAAUAAAAAUAUUGUAACUGAUUACGAGUAAAAUCAAAUUUAAUGCUUGGAAAUUCCAUUGGUGAUGGCUAUAAAUAGGGAUGGAAAUAAUGAUGGAGCUAUAACAAAGGCGAGAUGUGAGCAAAUGCUAAUUGGAAUUAUAAUUUGAAUAAUUAAGACGUACGGCUGAGAAUUCGUCUACGCGAUCAAACGGUUGAAAAUCAUUCUUAGUGUAUUCUUUAUUGCUCCCCUAUUUAUCUGAAGGACGAAGAAGUCCUCAGGCUGAACAUAACAUAUCAUAACUCAGAAAGAAAAGUUUAAGAGAGAAGAAGAAGAUGUCGUGGCAAACUUACGUUGAUGAACAUUUGAUGUGUGAUGUCGGAGAUGGUCAGGGUCAUCACCUAGCCGCAGCCGCAAUCCUCGGUCAUGACGGUAGUGUUUGGGCUCAGAGCGCCAACUUCCCUCAGUUCAAGGGAGAAGAGUUCGCCAACAUAAUGAAAGAUUUUGAUGAACCGGGCCACUUAGCACCCACAGGGUUAUUUCUAGCAGGAGCCAAAUACAUGGUGAUCCAAGGCGAGCCUGGCGCUGUUAUCCGUGGCAAGAAGGGAGCAGGAGGCAUAACCAUAAAGAAAACAGGACAGUCGUGUGUGUUUGGGCUCUACGAAGAGCCUGUGACACCAGGACAGUGCAACAUGGUCGUCGAGAGGUUGGGUGAUUACCUCAUCGAACAGGAUCUCUAGAUCCUCACAUUCUCAAAACCUAUUAGAAUGUUUCACCUUCCACAUUUUUAUUUAUAAACUUAUAUUUGGUAUUGGGUUUGUGAAGCCUGAUUGAGAGACUGAUUUUUGAGAAAUUUUUGUGUGUUUUCCUCCUUUUUGUUUUCUUUGGUUUGCUUCAUGUUUUGUCAACCAUGUUUAAUUAAUUUGGCACUUUUGGUUAUUUUCUCUUCUGUUUUUUUCUUCUUUUGACGAAUUGUUCCUUUCUGUCUAUUACAUCAAUUGUUAAACAUAUAUAAAGAAUAUAAAAUAUGUCUUACGA